UGAAUCACAGAUAAGUAUUUAGGUUAUUAUGUUAUUUCAUGUACAAUGUAUAUCGCUGCAUGAUUAACAAAAUGUAAUUGACUGCGCGGAGGCAAAGGUGUGGCAGCUCCACCCUCUUUCCUCAUAGAUUAAUAUUGUCCAGAGAUUCAUAUUAGUUUACUUAAUAUUUGAUUUUAUAUUAGUAUCACGGUUAUAUAAUAAUAAACACAAUAUAUACCAGAGAAAGUAGAAAGGUUCAUAUUGAAAACGAUGAAAAUCACUAAACUAUACGUAUAUAAUUAUAGUUUAAUGUAAUUAUUUUCUUCUAUUCAUACGUUUUAAUUAAUAGUGUUGCUUGCAAUUGUGAUUAACUCUGUCGUUCUUCAUAUAGUUAAUCUUUCAUGUCACAAUUUCCUUUCAUGCUGGCGAAUACUCCACGAAAGUAAGUAAUCUAUGGACUAUUUUUACGAGUGUUUGCGAGACUGAACUAGCGCGGCAUUGGCAGUAUCCACCUGACAAGCCCACGACUUCCUUGGACUUUUUAUUUUCACAAUGGGAAACAAAGUUGUGACAUCCACGGAACAACAACUCGAGGACUAUCAGGUACUCUACUUGAGGUUUUGUUUUUUUAUGUAGCAGUAUAAAAUAUUUAAAUUUAUAUAAGAAACAUGAUGUAUUUAACUUUACCAGGACUGCACAUUUUUCACGAGGAAGGAAAUAUUAAGGUAAACUCCAUGUAAAAAGACAACAUUUGACAUUCAUUUCAAAUUGAUAGAUUUUAAUUAAAAACGUCAUUUAAGCGAACUCGAAAAGUAAAUAAAUAUGAGCGAAAAUUGUAUCCAAUAUUUAAUAUGCUUUGAAUAUUGCUAGAAGAGAACACAGUUUUGUUUUCAAUAUUAAAUAUGUUUUUAACUCCAUCUAGAAUAACAAAAGGAAUAUCAAAUUGAACGUUUGAAAGCUUUCGACACAGUUCCGAGGCUUACAUUAAAAUCCUGUUCAAAAUAUGUUGUCAAGAGUUGUGUAUUCAUUUGAAACAUUUACGUUGUGACAAUAAUUUCCCUGUAAAUCCCGGUCAAAAUAGGGCGCGGCAAUUUCAAUUAAGGAAUUGUUGCGUAAGCUACGCUUUUGACCUAAGCGAUCUCCAAAUGUCCGAUCGGCAAAGAUGGCGUUGUCCAGUUUCGGAAGCCAAGGCUCAUUAUGGGUAAGAAAGUUUUCAAGCGGUUUCGAGACGUAAAUCCCGAAUUGAUUCCAAAGAACAUGACCGAAAACCAAGCUCACACUAUUAUUUUACCAGUUGAAGAAAUAGAAAAAUUGCCUGAACUAAAAGAAAAUCCAUUCAAAAGAAGAAUCUGCCAGGUUUUCUCUCAUGAUGGUUCUGGUAACCUCACAUUUGAAGACUUUCUGGACAUGAUGUCGGUGUUUAGUGAAGCCGCGCCACGGGAUAUUAAGGCAUGGUAUGCGUUCAGGAUUUACGAUCUAGAUGACGACAAGUAUAUUGGGCGCGAGGACCUACUGGAAGCUACCAAGCUCCUCACAGCCGGGCAGCUGCAUGAAGAUGAACGAGAGGAGAUAGUCACAAGUGUGUUGGAUGAGGCUGAUGUAGACGGAGAUGGGAAACUCUCCUUCAUGGACUUUGAACAUGUAGUGGCUAGGGCCCCAGAUUUCGUGUCUACUUUCCAUAUUAGAGUCUAAACUUGACUCAUGUUGAUAAUAAAUAUAUCGACUAGAAAACAAG